UUCAUGACGUAACGCAGAUAUCCGUACACAAGGCGGAAGUACUUGAGUAUUGUGGUCGCCAUUUUCAAAACGGCUAAGCUUUAUUGCACACUGGAAUUGUCCACUAAAGAAGUUUAAAUAAAGAGCUGGAACUUUGAAUGAAAGAUCAUUCAUCGCGAUGAUGGAGCUCCCUGACUUCAGCAAGCAGCUGCUGCAGCAGCUGUGGACGCUGAGGAGGGAGGGUCUGUUCUGUGACUGCACCAUCCUGGUGGGAGACAGCUCUCACCGGGCUCACAAGGUCGUACUGGCUGCCUCUAGCCUGCUCUUCAGGUCCCUUCUGGACAGCUCGGACACCAUCUCCAUCGACACCUCCGUGGUUUCCUCCCAGGAGUUUGGGGCGCUGUUGGAAAUGAUCUACACUGGCCGGUUGCCUCUGGGGAAGCACAACGCGAGCCGCAUUGUUGCGGCUGCGGACAGCCUGCAAAUGUUCGACGUAGCCGUGGGCUUUAAGAAGGUCCUUUCCACUCUGGUUUGGUUUACCACAAACAGGCAGAGCACCUUGAAGUGAAGCCGUUUGCCUGCGAGGAAUGUGGCGCAGUGUUCGGAGCCAACUCUUCUCUGAAGAACCACAUGAGGCUGCACACGGGAGAGAAACCCUAUCACUGUCAGCACUGCGACAUGAGCUUCAGUGUAGCCGCUGCACUGGCUUACCACACCAAGAAGAAACACUCUGAGGGAAAGAUGUAUGUGUGUCAGUACUGUAAGGCUGUGUUCGCCCAGUCCAUUGAGCUCACACGUCAUGUACGGACGCACACUGGUGACCGGCCUUAUGUGUGUCGAGAAUGUGGGAAGGGCUACAGCCAGGCCAGCGGGCUCACUGUCCACCUGCAGACCUUCCACAGUAAGAACCCACUCAGUCUGAUGUUAACACUAUUAUUGCUCACAGCAGGGACACAACUAACAAUUAUUUUACGAAUCGAUCAUUCUAUCGUAUACCAAAUUGGUGUAUUCUGCAGAUUUUUCAUUUAACCACUUAAACCUUUUUUAUACAGUGUUAGAAAUAUUUUACAUUUAUGUGCCUUCUCUGACUUUAGACUUUAUACUCUCUAAUUUCUUAUUUUUGUACGUACAAGUAAUGUCUCCUUGUUCUGUGUUUUUUCUAUAAAUGCAAAUUAAAUAUGGGGGGAAUUUUAAAUUUAGGUUUAGCUCAAAAUAGGUGCUUUAGUUAAUCUGCAUUAUGUAAUGUGUUAAAAUGUUCAGAUUGCAUUAUGGAAAAAUAGGUAUAUAAUUUUUAGGGCUGGUAAAAAAUAUAGACAUAUUUUUUUAAUAACAGUUACAUACUGCAGCUGUAAGAGAACUGCGAAGCAAAGAUCAUUGAAAAAUCUGGGAAGGCGUAGACUGCAGCUGGAGUCAGAGAUUCAAGAUCAACACGUUCGUUGUAUGGAACCAGUCCUGAACCAGAGGCUAAAGUCAGAAGUGUCUUACUGGACCUGGAGAAAAAGAACUAUACUUUGGUUUGGUAGUCCAAAGUUUUCCUUUCAGAUCAAUCAAGUUAAAUCAAUCAGGUUUAUUUGUACAGCACAUUUCAGCAACAGGGCAGUUCAAAGUGCUUUACAUCCCAAAAACAGAUGAAAGUAAAGUUUGUAUUUCAUUUGGAAAUCAAGAUCCAGAGUCUGGAGGAAGAGCGGAGAGACACAAACUCCAUCCUGCUUUUGGCCACUGUUAGGUUUUCACAAGUGAUUUGGGUUGCCAUGUCAUGUGCCGGUGUUAAUUCACUGGGUUUUCUGAAGUCCGCGGUCGUUUCCCUAUGCUGACAAGCUUUAUGGAGAUGCUGAUUUUAUUUUCUAGCAGGACUUGAUACCUCCCCACACUACAAAACUUACCAAAAGCUGGUUUAAUAACCAUUUUAACACCAACAAACUGGCCUGACAU